AUGGCCGCGUCCGCCGCCGCCGCCGCCGCCGCCGCGUCGACGUCCAUCCCGUCGUCGUCGCGAGGACGCCCAUCCCUCGCGCGCGCGCGUCUCGCCGCGACGCGCGCUCGCCGCGCGCCGCGCCGCCGCGAUGUCGUCGACGUCGCCGUCCGCGCGUCCUCCUCCUCCUCGCCGUCCAUCACGUCCGCGCCCGAGGGAUCGCGCGAGGCGGACGUCCUCGACGCGCUGCGCAACGUCAUCGACCCCGACUUCGGCGAAGACGUCGUGAACUGCGGGUUCGUGAAGGACCUGCGCAUCACCGACGACGGCGACGUGACGUUCACGCUCGAGCUCACGACGCCGGCGUGUCCGGUGAAGGAAGAGUUCGACCGUCUCUCGAAGCAGCACGUGAGCGCGGUCCCGUGGGUGAAAUCGUGCAACGUCGCGAUGACCGCGCAGGAGGUGACGAACGACGCGCCGGACACCGUGGAGGGCCUGCGCAACGUGCGGCACAUCAUCGCCGUGAGCUCGUGCAAGGGAGGCGUCGGGAAGAGCACGACGAGCGUGAAUCUGGCGUACAAGCUCAAAGAGAUGGGCGCCAGGCGCGUUCUCCUCACACUGGUUCCCAUACGACCGCGUUGGCGUUGUGAACGCCGAUCCUUAAGGACUUUUCCCGGCGCAUCUCUCCGCCCAUCCCUCGCUUUCGAUCCCCGCCCUCGACGCCUUUCAACUCCGCUUCUGACGCCUUUCAACUCCAGGGUGGGCAUCUUCGACGCGGACGUGUACGGCCCGUCGCUGCCGACGAUGACGUCCCCGGAGAUCGCGGUCCUGCAGAUGAACAAGGAGACCGGAACGAUCACGCCGACGGAGUACGAGGGCGUCGGCGUCGUCUCGUUCGGGUUCGCGGGGCAGGGCUCCGCGAUCAUGCGCGGCCCCAUGGUGAGCGGGCUCAUAAACCAGAUGCUCACGACGACGGACUGGGGCGAGCUGGACUACUUGAUCAUCGACAUGCCGCCCGGCACCGGCGACGUGCAGCUCACGAUCUGCCAGGUGGUCCCGAUCACCGCCGCGGUCGUGGUGACGACGCCGCAGAAGCUCGCGUUCAUAGACGUCGAGAAGGGCGUGCGGAUGUUUAGCAAGCUCCGAGUGCCGUGCGUCGCCGUCGUGGAAAACAUGAGCUACUUCGAGGUCGACGGCGUGAGGCACAAGCCGUUCGGCGAGGGCAGCGGCCAGCGAAUAUGCGACGAGUACGGCGUCCCGAACUUGUUUCAGAUGCCCAUCGUCCCGGAGCUGAGCGCGUGCGGCGACAGCGGGAAGCCGCUCGUGUUGGCGGAUCCCGCGGGGGAGGUUUCCGGCGCCUACGGCGCCGUCGCCGCGAAAGUCGUGCAGGAGGUGGCGAAGCUGAGGUGCGUUCUAUACACUGGUUCCCACACGACCGCGUCGGCGUGGUGA